AGAGCACUGGGUGGUGCCGUCGGUCAAUUGCACCUCGCGCGCACUCGCUCGCUCGCUCCAGUGCCACCUUGCGCGCGCGCGCUCGCUCGCUCCCGUGCACCUCCCGCGCGUGCGCUCGCUCGCUUCCGUGAACUCGACGAGUGGCUUCAGCAGCGGCAGUCGGUGGUGGCGGCGGACGAAAUGGAGACGCUGCGGUCCGCUCGGGUGGCGCCGGUCGCGCCGGUGUUCGACUUACGCUGGUUCAACCCGAGGUCGUAUAUGCGGGUACUGGUGCAUCUAGGCGG